AUGGGAUCGGUGAGUCCUGGGCACACCGGGCGGGGAUCGCAGCCUCCCGGGCGCACCGAGCGGGUAUCGCCGGCUCCCGGGCACACCGGGCACACCGAGCGGGGAUCGCCGCCUCCCGGGCACACCGAGCGGGGAUCGCAGCCCGCCGGUACUCCGGGCACACGUAGCGGGCUGACAGCGCGGCGUUCCCGGCAGGAAGCGGUGCAGCUGGCGCGGCAGAAGGAGCGGGAGCUGGAGGAGCGGGGCGAGCGCUGCAAUUCCUCGGUGCUGGAGCUGUGGGAGCGCUGCAAACCCUGCCUGAGGAGGAACUGCCUCCGCUUCUACUCGCGGACCUGCCGGAGGGGCGCCGGGGCCGUGGGGAGGCAGGUGAGGGGCACCGGACACCGGGACACCGGGAAAAGGGCGGAGUUUGGGCUGAUCCCGAUCCCAUCCCCAUUAACCGGGUCCUGGGACACUGGGAAAAGGGCGGGGUUGGGUUCGGGAUUGGGAUGGAAUGUCAUUGGGAUGGGAUCCAUGGAAUGGGAUUGGGAUGGGAUCCAUGGAAUGGGAUUGGGAUGGGACACCCCCCAGGGCUGCCCUGACCCCAUCCCUGUCCCAGACUGCGGGGACGCGGAUCCGUCGCAGCAGGAGUUGCGGGAGCAGCUGGAGGACGCGGUGCGCGUGGCCGAGCGCUUCACGCGCCGCUAYGACGCCCUCCUGCGCGAGUUCCAGGAGGAAAUGCUCAACACCUCGGGGCUGCUGGACCAGCUCAACCGCCAGUUCGGCUGGGUGUCCCGGCUCGCCAACUUCUCCCGGGAACCCGAYGGCUUCCUGCAGGUCACCACGGUGAGGCUGCGGGAUUGGGGCCGGGAUGGGAUUGGGAGCGGGGCUGGAGUGGGGCCAGGAUUGGAUUGA